AUGCCACCAAAACGAAGCACCCUGCUGGGCAGAAAUACGUCAGCUGCGAAUAGAAUGGCAGCCUCAAGAGAUGUUGAGAGCCCAGAGCACAGACAAAAUCGGCUUGAUGAUCAACAUUCAAGACAAGCUGCCUCUAGAGCAGCUGAGAGUCCAGAACAGACACGGACUCAGCUUGGUGAUCAACGUUCAAGACAAGUAGUCGCAAGAGUUACUGAGAGUCCAUAA